AUGGAAGAAUACGGGGACUACUACGACGGCUACGGUGACUACGAGGACUGGGAAGGCGGCUAUGAUGAUAGUUACGGCUAUGAGGAUGAAUAUGAUUACGGGAAUGGUGAGGACUAUUGGAAUGAGGAUGAUUAUUGGGACGACGACGACUACUGGUAUGAUGGAGAAGAGGGCGGAGACGGUAUGGGGUAUGAUGAAAGUGAAUAUGCGCACGCUGGUGGCCAUGGUGACGAAUAUAUGCAUCACGAUCAAAGUCACCACCAAGGAGGAGGAGGAGGCUAUGGACAGCAUACUUAUAACAACUAUGCCUAUUCACACGGGAUGGACCAUGGGCAUGACGGAUCAGGACAUUACUACGACCAGCAGGAUCCAUAUGGCCAAAACAUCUACGGUCAUCAAGCCAUGCAUCAACAGCAGCAGGGCAGCUAUUGGGCUUUUGGGCAUGUAUCAAGUCGAAGCCCCUUGACGCCUCAAUCUGACGUCUCGGCCAUUACGCCUUCAUCAUCGGACAUGUACGAUCAUUCUCAAGCUCUUCCAUCUCCAGACGUUGCACCGAGGUUGUUGCCGGCCCUGCCUGACUCUCAAUCGAUGCCACAAACUUCAGCGAUAUAUUCAUCAUCGCAGGUCUCAGGUCAUUCUCAGCGAGCCCGAUCAUUCAGGUCUUCGAACUCGCCGGUCGCCGCCACGCCACAGCCGUACCCUUCCGAGCCAGUCUCUCGCGCGGUCGGCAUCAACCGGGCGCAGAAUAUAGCAGUGCGCAUGCCUGAACUGCCGUCCAAUAGUCCCCCACGACGGCCAGCCCGCUCUCCUACAAAUGCUUUUCACAGAAUGUUCUGGGACGGACCAGACCAGCCGAAACCACCCAACAGACACCUUCUUGUACCAAGCAGGUCUCCAUCACAGCGUACUCCAAGAUCUGCGUCCAGUCUUUCGGAGGGCGGAAGCCCCCGGAGGAGGCUACGUAUACCGCGCUCAGUGGAUGGAAACUCUCCAACGCUCAGUGGCAGUCCUAGACCCAAGGCAGCCUUUGGCUUUCUGGCUCCUUUGACACCCUGA